AUAAAUAAAUAACAGCAAAGUGCACAGUAGCAUACUCACCCCUUCCUCUCCAACAUUUUUAUCCAACCACAUCCAAGUUUCACACUCGCCAGUCACCAGUCUCACCCAACCCUUAUUUCUCACCCAUCAAAGCCAAAACUCCCCCACUGUUUCCCUUUCAGACCCCCAUCCCCCCUCUUUCUCUUUCCGCAGAAUAGCAGUUGUGCGUUUGAUCUUCAAUGGCGCUUAUGCUAGACAACUGUGAAGGCAUUUUGCUGUCACUAGACUCCCACAAAUCGGUCCCAGCUCCAUUCCUUACAAAAACUUACCAAUUGGUUGAUGAUCCCACCACUGACCACAUAGUUUCUUGGGGUGAAGAUGAUACAACUUUCGUUGUUUGGAGACCGCCUGAGUUCGCCCGAGAUCUCCUCCCUAACUAUUUUAAGCAUAAUAACUUCUCUAGCUUUGUCAGGCAACUCAACACCUAUGGUUUUAGGAAGAUUGUACCUGACAGAUGGGAGUUCGCAAAUGAGUUUUUCAAGAAAGGAGAGAAGCAAUUGCUCUGUGAAAUUCAUAGAAGAAAAACAGCUCAGCCACAAGUAGCUAUUAAUCAUCAUCAUCAUCACCACCCACAUUCUCCGCUUGGUGUUAACGGACCCAGUUUCUUUCCAUUUUCAAGCCGAGUUAGCAUCUCGCCAUCUGAUUCGGACGAACAAGCCAACAAUUGGUGUGACUCGCCGCCUCUCUCUUCGCCGAGAGGAGUGGCGAAUGCUUCAGUUAUUAAUGGUGGCGGAUAUAACAGCUCGGUGACUGCCUUAUCAGAGGAUAAUGAGAGACUAAGGAGAAGCAAUAAUAUGCUUGUGUCUGAGCUUGCACACAUGCGAAAACUUUACAAUGAUAUUAUCUACUUUGUUCAAAAUCAUGUCAAGCCUGUCACUCCUAGCAAUUCCUACCCCUCUUCCCUGCUUCUUUGUGCUCCAACAUCUACAGCUAAUCCUUUUGCUUCUAACGGUUCUCUGGUACAAAAGCCUUUAAACCAGCUUUUUGGAUAUUACCCUCCUACUAACGCUAAGCAAAUUCCUCAAGUUCAAGUUUUAAACUCUCCAAGUAACACUUCACAGAGUUCUUUGACAAUUCUUGAAGAUUCCAACAGCAAUGGCUGCAAUACGAAGUUGUUUGGCGUGCCUUUACAAUCCAAGAAAAGAAUGCACCCGGAGUAUGCUUCCAAUACAGGAAACAUGGAGGCUAGUAAAGCUCGUCUAGUGUUGCAAAAGGAUGAUUUAGGGUUGAAUCUCAUGCCCCCUUCAACAUGUUAGUUUCCUCAAACCCAUUCAAAGAUCCGAAGUUUUUGCCCUCUUUUUUAUUAUUUUUUUUCCUCACCAUUUAGAUUUUUCUUGUUCGAUUGCCAUGUUGUUCUUUAGAGUGAGAGUCUGAGAUGAUAGUGUUGAUUAAAUAUGUGUGUGCGUGCGUGUGGGUGUUUGUGACUCUGUACAUAAUUUUAGUGCCAAGUAUGUUCUUGUUCCCACCAGCCAUGAAUGCAGGUGGGUUUUGGUUAGAGUGAUGAUCAAAGAAAGUUUUAAAAUCACCAACUCCAUUUUCCUCUA